CUCUCUCUCUCUCUCUCUCUCUCUCUCUCUCUGAGAUCGCCAUUAAUCUUCACCUCUUUUGCUCUGCUUAUUACACACUUAGACUUCAAAGAAACAGAGUGUCUUAUUGUGUUGGUGACAGCGUUGCGCAACAAGACAUGGGGAGACAUUCUUGUUGUUUCAAGCAGAAGCUGAGGAAAGGCCUCUGGUCUCCCGAAGAAGACGAGAAGCUUCUCAAUUACAUCACGAAACACGGCCAUGGAUGCUGGAGCUCUGUUCCUAAACUCGCUGGUUUGCAGAGAUGUGGCAAAAGCUGCAGACUUCGGUGGAUAAACUACUUGAGGCCUGAUCUUAAGAGAGGAGCUUUUUCGCUUGAGGAGGAGAAUCUCAUCAUCGAACUCCACGCUGUUCUUGGAAACAGGUGGUCUCAGAUUGCGGGUAGGCUUCCGGGAAGAACAGACAACGAGAUAAAGAAUCUAUGGAACUCAUCCAUCAAGAAGAAGCUUAGUCAAAGAGGCAUUGACCCAAACACCCACAAACCUCUCUCCGAGGUCGACAGCAAUGGCGACAAAGACAAGCAAAACCCUAAAACAACACCUUCCAACAAGUUGUCUCUUGCCUCCAACGAGCUCAGGCUCGUAAACCCGUCUCCGAGUUCCUCAUCCGCGACCAAUCAAGACUUCUUCCCGGCCGAGAGGACGUCGGAUUUAUCCGACUAUUUCUCUUCCCAGAAGCUUAAUUUCAGCUCCAACUUCUGCAUCUCUGACUCGAAUAACACGCCGAGUUCUGUUCAAAACUCGGUUUUCCAGACGCCGGUAUGCGUGAAGGUGAAGCCAUCGGUUAAACUCCGGGCAGAGAACAGUUCCAAUGUCCCUGGAGAUCAUCAUCAUCAUCACCAUCAUCAUGUCAAAGUGGCGGCGGCACCGACUUGGGAGGUGAACUCAAGCUUCACGACCAAUGGUAGUGUCGUUGAAUUACUGCAGAGUAACAGUUCUUCGAGUUUCUUCGACAAUGGCGGCUUCUCGUGGGCACUCUCGGAUCAAUCCACGUUUGUGGAAGCAAAUAAUAAUCCAUUGGAAGAUACGAAAUGGCCAGAGUACGGAAUCAAUACAUGGAUCGAUGUACAGAACCAAAGCUCUCAGCCCAUUUACGUUGGUCCGAUGGUGAAAUCAGAACCUAAUUACUUAGCCGAUGAUUCCAACACGCCGAAUGAUCCUUGGAGCCAUAGCCAACGUGAUUUUCACGCAACCUUGCCAUUCGGUCAGACCCAUUAGCUUGAUUUCAACAUAUAUAUAUAUAUAUAUAUAUAUACACACACAUGGUAGAUACGUAUAUACAUACAUUGAAGUAGUUCUUCUGUUUGGUCAUGACUCUGGGGAUUGUAACAGAGGAUGAACAAAAAAAACUGUUUUUUUCCUGCUUGUGUGAUUAAUUCUUCUGCCUUCUGUAAAUUUCAGCCUCAUACUAUAUACACUUUUGCAUUCUUUUGUUUA